AUGUCAUCAUCGAAACAGGCUCCGCGCACAAUGCCAAAACCCAAAAGUUGCGGCCACCUACCGUGGCUGCGAGAAGCCUUCAAGCAGCACGAACAUCGCGGGGAUGGGAAGAUAUCCGUGUCCCAUCUGGGGGAUUGCCUGCGCGUGAUGGGCGCCAAUCCGAUGGAGUCUGUGUUGCAGCACCACGUCCACCAGCUGCAGGCAGCGGAUCUGCAACGCAUCUCCUUCGAGGAGGUCCUGGGCAUCUACUCCAACCUGGGCAAGGACUCGGGUGUGCUGUAUGGCAACAUGGGCCAGCAGAAGGCUGAAGAGUUCAUCUCCAGCUUGCGCUUGCUGGAUGACCAGGGCACUGGCUACCUGCCCGCCGCCAGAUUGCGACACGUGCUAACCAAAUGCAGCGAACGCCUCAGCGAGGCGGAGAUGGAUGACCUGCUGGAGGAGCGUGUCAACGAUCAGGGCCUGGUCAACUAUGCGGAGCUGGUGCAUGCCAUUUUGGAUGGUUAG